AUGGGACCCGUGGACCUGGAUUUGGUAGCCCGAAAACUCCGGGAUUCCGUUUCGUUCUUGCCGUUGAAGGACUUGCGGUAUUCCUCGGCGCCGCUGGAAGGGCACACGUGGUUCAUGAGCGCCAUGGACGAUACGCAUGAUGAAGGAGGAGUUCAGUUCCAGAGGUUCCCGUCGGCGGCGUCGAAAGGCAGGGUUUUGUGCCUGAAAGGCCGCGACAACCACGACGGCGCGUGGAACUAUUACGCGCUGGCAUGGCGUGAAGCGCUCCCGGAAAACGCCACCUUCCUGAAAGGCCUCACCUUCGUCUCCUACAACCACUACGACUACGACAACAUCUGGCACGGCCUCUCCGCCGCCGUGCCGUUCGUCUCCUGGCACAUCGGAAACGGCUGCGCCGCCGCCCCGGCGAGGUGGGUCCUGUACCACUGGGGCGAGCUCAGAACAGAAAUGUCGACUUGGUUGACGACUCUAAUGGAGGCCACGUUCGGCGGCGGCGCGCCGUUGAACAUCGAAAGGUUCUUGGACGGCGACGGGUAUGGCGACGACAGCGUGGCGUGUUUUGAGGACGCUGUCGUGACGCGGCAUAACGAAGGGGGAAUGUCGCGGGACAGGAGGAUUGAAACGUAUGAUCUGCUGAGGUGUAAGGCUAGGAGGUACUGCAACGUUAGCUUGGAUGGGAGGCAGUCGGAGGUCACCGGCGGCGGGUUGCCGGUCAUCGGAAUGACUAUGUUCAUGAGGACCGGUGCCCGGUCUUUCAAGAAUGAGACGGCUGUGAUUCGGAUCUUUGAGAAGGAAUGUCGGAAGGUGGAGGGUUGCAGAUUCAUGGUUGCUUAUUCCAGCAAUCUCACUUUUUGUGAACAGGUGAAGGUGAUGAGCUCAACAGACAUUUUGAUCUCUCCCCACGGAGCACAACUCACGAAUAUGUUCUUCAUGGACAAGAAUAGCAGCGUCAUGGAAUUCUUCCCCAAAGGCUGGUUAAAGCUCGCCGGCGUGGGCCAGUUUGUGUACCACUGGAUUGCGAGCUGGUCGGCGAUGAAGCACGAGGGCGCGUGGCGCGACCCCGACGGCGAUCCCUGCCCCUACCCGGACGACGACCGCCGUUGCAUGUCCAUCUAUAAAGGCGGCAAGAUUGGACACAACGAAACCCAUUUUUCCGAUUGGGCGAAACGUGUUCUUGAAGAGGUAAGAAUGAGGAAAACGGAAGAAACUUCAAAGAAGAAUUUUCCGGCGACUGAGUUUUCUAAUGGAUGUUCAUGUGGUUGA